AUGAGGGAUACUUUAACCAGGCACAAAACGGGCCAACUACUUGAAACAGAUGUAUGUGACGCAGAGGCGUCUUUCUUUGGCGUAUACUGCGACCCGAAAGGAAAAUACUACUGGAUCCGUCGGCUGUCCAUCAUGGUCGAGAUUGGAACCGAUGCAUAUAACAUCGGUGGCCCGAAGAAAAGCCUGUUUUAUGCUUUCCAGGCUUGCAACAUCGGCGCGGCGACUAUCCAAGUUGACGAUAAAUUCUUAGAUCCUCGACUUGGUACUGACAUGAUGAUAUUUGGAGGUCGUUGGCGCCCGCUUCAGCUUGAUCUCCGAUGGGUCCGCCGAUGGAUUAACAUCUGUGAGACGGAUCACGGCGACACAUGCAAGCGGGCUGACGUGGGCUUGGGGAGUAGGCUGGAGAGAAUCCGUUUUAUUGAUGUCAAGAAAAGAUGCGUAGUCACCCUGACAAGCAUUCAGCUUUCGGAUUAUCACUAUAUUGCUCUCAGCUACGUGUGGGGAGGGCCACAGGAACUGAAACUUACCAGCUCCAACAACGACAGAAUGGCGCAACAAGGGUCUCUGGCUAUGAAUCUACCACGGACUAUAGAGGACUCGAUACUGGUAACAGAGUCUCUAGGGAUUCGAUAUAUUUGGGUGGAUUCUUUAUGUAUCAUUCAAGACGACGAUGGGGACAAGGCAAUCCAGAUUAGGGCCAUGAGUCAGAUAUAUGGUUUCGCCCACCUAACAAUUAUAGGUGCAUCAUCGUCCAGCGUCCACGGAGGUCUACCUGGUAUACGACCCGGAAGCCGUUCUCUGGAACAGCAAGAGGUAAUAGUUCUGCCUGAGAGGAAGACUGGCUCUACUGGCAAUGUGCUACCGGGUUUAUCCCUUAUGACAACAUUAGACCCUAUCGCCCAUCCUAAUGAGCACUUCUUGGAACGUACACCCUGGAAUAGCCGGGGUUGGACCAUGCAAGAGCGCGUGCUGUCUCGCCGCGUACUUGUCUUCAUGCAGGAGCAGGUCUACUGGAUAUGUCGGGAAGCCAUGUUCUGUGAAGAAUCCUACUUCGAGAACAACAAUCUCCGCUUCCACAGAUUCCACGCCAACGCCACCGAGGGUACUUUAACAAAGUCUUUUAGGAAUUUCUAUGAGCCCGAGGAUGACCAAAUACGCUUCUGGAAGACGUACCAGAUUCUCGUCGCCAGUUACACUCGUCGGGCCUUCACUUGUCAAGGCGAUGUAUCUGAUGGAUUUCUUGCCAUACUUCAGGGGAUGUCGGCUCUUUCAGGCAAAGAGUUUACUUGGGGUCUACCUCGAUCCCACUUUGAGCAGGGCCUGCUCUGGAACUCCUUUACCGGUCUACAACGUAGAGAAGAGUAUUCGACUCUUCCGAUGACGUCUUUGCAUGUCAAGGUUCCUUUCCCUAGCUGGUCGUGGAUGGGCUGGAUAGGCGAGGCGUUUGUCUGUAUCGGGGACGACCGCUACGAUAUAGACCUAGGGGAAGUUCCCGAGAUACUCUGUUUUGAGCAUUACCAUUCCCCCCUCCGCCUCGAACGUGUGAGAAAGGCGACAGUAGGAUAUGACUUGAUAGCGUCGCAUGAUUGCGCAAGUUGGAAGGCUCAUCACAACCAACCUGUUACGCUAUCCGAUAUUGCCGCCCAAAACCCACGGCUUCUCUCAAAAGAGCUUGGCGAUGUUCCCGAAACGCAGUUAAUCUUCUUCUGGACGAGCUCUGCUAUCUUGACUUUGGCCCAGCCGGCGGACGACGCAAAUCGGUCCUUUACAAUCGUGGACUCACAUGGGAGCAUAGUCGGCUCUACAGGAACUGUAGGGCCUAAGUCGAGUGGAAGUCAAGGCCGGCAUGAAUUCAUCGUCAUAGGUAGCCGGCGAAACCAGUUCUCGGAUCCAAUGCUACUACUACUCCAGAUAGAGUGGCGAGAAAAUAUUGCCUAUCGCGUCAAUAGUGCGGAGAUUAACGAAAGCGCAUGGGAGGCAGAAAAUCACACGUGGAAACUUAUUCCACUUAGAUGACUGUGCCUUUCUCCUUGAUUGAGACUCGUAUUGAAGGUAAAGUGAUUGGUCUGGAUGAGAUAUGAAUUCUCGAACGAUGUCAGGGAUUCUGGAGGUCCUUAGAUUAGCGAGCAGCUAUACCUCCUAGGUACCUAAGCAUAUAGCUGCCACUCAGUCCAUAGAUUUAGCUGACAUGACUUAGAAUCUAUCACAAUUUGCAACACGCGAGGAGGGGCGACGAGGACCCAUCAACCCUUUCGGCUCAGCAAGCUCAGACCACAGUAGCUCAGCCACCUGCACAGCCACAUGUGACUUUUUGCGAAGUAAGCGAAAAGGACACUUGUGGCUGUGCUAAUGUGCCUUGAAUUUAAAGGGGGUGGAAGAGUAGUACCUAAGUAAGGGGGCAUAUUUAAGGACAUUCGAUUCGAAGGAAAGUAUACCUAUAUACAAGUUCUCUUGUCGCUAUAUAUGAGUGGGGUGUUCAGAUAGGUGCACGAGGCUUUUAGACUAGACUUCAGUAACGCCAAUGUUUAAUCCCCUUACGUGUUCA